GUGGUAUGUGCAGCUACCACUGCCGUUUACGCCGAAGAGGAGGAAAAGGCCAGCCCCUUGGCGCUGGGCAUCUCGACCACGCUGCUGGGGACCGUGACGUUCGUCAUAACGCUGAUGUACGCGAUCAACCACUAUGACAACGAUAUGCGAAAACAUACCUAUAGCACCAUCGUCUCGACGAUUUCCAUCUUCUGCGCGGUGCUGAUAUUUUCGACUUGCAAUGACAUGCUUUCGGAGUUGGGCAACCAGCUGGAGUUUGACGAACACAAGAUGUGCCUGGUCAACAUGGGCCAUAUGCUCACGUGGUACGUUCUUAUGCAGCUUUUUCUGGCGUACGUUUGCGGGGUGAUCGGCAAUUUCGACAAGGGUGCGCAGACCGAAUUCGAGAAAGAGAACAACUUCGAGCUGAACGUGAAGUGCUGGGCCCAGCUGUUGGCCCACCUGACGGGAUUCGCCUCGAUCAACGCCUGGGGCUCGCUGCAGCAGUUGCCUUUCUUCAGGCAGACCCCAGAGAUGACCCUGCUCAUCCUACCCGCCGGCAUGCUCGGCUCGUUCCUCCUCCAGAGGACCACCGACAAGGUGCGGACUCGUCUGAGCGAGAUGGACGGCGAGGUGGACGAGUCGGAGGAGACGUGGGACGAGGAGGCCGAGGAGUGCGAGGACGACGUCAUGGGCCUGACUCUGUCCUUCAACGCCGUGCAGUCCAUCCGGUACUUCGUCGCCGACACGCUGCCGAACGCGGAGGGUGAGUGGGAAGUCAUGGACAUCAUGAAAGAAGGGGGCGGCUUGUAUAUGGGGGAGAUCUUCUUCGCAGGCCUCAUCGGUGCCAUGGGAGUGGUUUUGGUGAUCGGGCUCGGCCUGCUCGUGGAGGAGGACGAGGAGGGCUCGGAGUCCGAGGGCGGCGGGAGCGAGGAGGGCGGCGAGCACGCCGAGCACGGCAGCCACGGCGAGGAGAAGGAGACGAAGCCCCUCUGCGUACAGAUCCAGGAGCGCUUCUACAAGAUUAUCGUCAUCUCCCUGAGCAUGGUCUACGCGUGGUGCUGUUUCUACUCUGGUCAGCUAUUGCUGGCAAGGUUUAUGUCAAGCACGGUGGGCUUUGACCCGAUGUCGCUGUCGCUUGCGCUGGCGUACUUCCUGACCGCCAUGUCUUUUAUCGCCAUCAGGGCUCUGGACACAAUCGCCGAUAACUUUUUCCCGGCAGGCGGGAAGUCGUACCAGGCAACGACCCAAGUUAUCCUGGCCAUCGGCAUCCUAGUGGGCUUCGCCUGGGAGCAGUGCUUCGACCAGGCCGUCGCGAGCAUCGCCUCGCGGACGACGUCGGUGUGGGGGCGCCACGCCGUGAAGGCGCUCCUGGCCGCGAUGUGCGUGGGCGUGCUCGUGCCCGCCUACAAGAGGUUUCUCUUGCCAAUGCAGAUCCUCAAGGGUUACAGACACGGCUUUGUCGUCCAGCGCGUGGGGGAGAGGGGGCACGAAGAGCUCUACCACGCCGCGGCCGUGGUCGCCAAGACGCUGACCAAGAGGCUGGCAGCCAUUACAGAGCACGAUCACGAGAAGCUACACAAAGUGAACAAGGUCGUCCAGAAGCUGCAGAACACCGUCGUGAAAUACAGCGGCAGUGCGAACGGGCAUGCCGUCGAGGCGAGCCGACACGGCCACAGCGCGGUCGGCAACGGUGCGCCGGAGGGCUACGCGCCGCUGCCCGCGUCCCAGGCGGAGGAGCUCGAGAAACUCAGGCGGGAAGUCGAGGAGCUCGGGACCGUCAGGACAGAGAACAUGCGGCUGAGCAAGGAGAACCAGACCUUCAAGGAGACGUUCAGGGAGUCCAUCAAGGUCCUCAAGUCCCUCCAGCAGACCGAGGAGGAGCGCGCAGAGGGGCUCCGCCAGCACAACCUGCAGAUGGACCACGUGCUGGGCAGG